CACUCGGAAGUCGAUGAGCAGCCGUUUCAUUGCAGUUGCUAUGCUUCACCUAAAAUAAUGUGAAUCUUAUCUAAAGGAUUUUGGCAAGAAUUGUUUGUUUAUUUUUUAAUGUUGUAGUAUUAUACCGUGUGUAGUGCACAAACAUAACCGUCAUGUCAGAUAGAAAGCGACGGAAAGAAGAGCAGGAGGAAAGACGAAGCAAGAAGAGGCGGAAAGAUUCCCAAGAAGAUGAAGAGAAAUACAACACACACACUGCGAAAGUCAGCGAGGAUGUACAGAAACUCAAACAUGUGGAGACCUUCUAUGAGAAACCUCCCCCUGGACUGAUAAAGGAGGAAGAAGUGAAACCAGAGGACUGUAUUCCUGAUGCCCCUGGGAAUGAAGACGCCCGGGAGUUUCUGGCUCACGCGCCCACUAAAGGCUUGUGGAUGCCACUGGGCAGGGAGGUGAAAGUCAUGCAGUGCUGGAGAUGCAAGCGUUACGGCCACAGGACCGGGGACAAAGAAUGUCCCUUCUUCAUCAAAGGCAAUCAGAAACUGGAGCAGUUCAGAGUUGCACAUGAAGACCCGAUGUAUGACAUCAUAAGGGAAAACAAGCGCAAUGAGAAAGAGACAAGGAUCGAGCAGCUGAGGAAGCUCCUACAGGAUACAACAUCCGACUCCAGCUCCGACACCGACUCCUCCUCCUCCUCCUCUCGCCACGCCCAUAAGAAGAAGAAAAAGAAAAAAGAAAAGAAGAAGAAAAAGCAGAAGAAGAAACAUAAGAAGAAUAAGAAGCACAAGUCGAAGAGUAGUAGUGACAGCUCGGACUGAGAGGAGAGGGUUGUUAUUGCUGGCUCUGCUGGGAGAUGAUAGGGGCAGCUGUAGAGACCUUUAAAUGACUGAGCUCUGCUUCCUCCAACCUUCCCCCCCUAGACCCUGCUCUUCCUCUCACCCUGCUGGCUCUGCUUAAUAAUACAUGCAGGCAUUUCAUUUCCCCUGUCAUCAGGAACGGUUUGUUCACGUGACGUCUCUAUCAGUUCUGUCUCUUAUUAGACCGCUGUCAUGUUUGUGCCGCAGGCCUCAGACGGUCCAUGCCUGGAGAUGAUGUAAUGUCAGCUCUGAAUGGGUGUGGUGUAAGAGGAACAUUGCUUGCUGAUGUAAUGUAUUUAUUGCUUCUUCCUCUCUUAAUGUGUUGAGUUUUGUUUGGAAGUGAUAUUUUUUUUUAAAUGAAUUGAAGGUGUUAUUAAAUACAUUUUCAACA